AUGUCGCUCGACGCCGAAGAUGCGUCCCCUUCUCCAGAACCUGGCGCUGAGCAGGACGAGUCAGGCAUCAUGGCAGAAGAGAAAGUAGAGCGCGCCUCCACCGAAGAGAAAUCCCCAGCCCAACAGACCAACAACGGCAACGCCAGCAGCAACGGCAGCGGCACCACCCCCGCCAAAAGCAAUGCCAAAGAUCCUUCCCGUCCUCGCCGCAAGAAAGCACGGCGGGCAUGUUUCGCGUGUCAGCGAGCCCAUCUCACUUGCGGUAAGUCCGCCGCAGCGGAAGUCAAAGUGCGGAGGCAGUUCUUUAAUAGCUGACUGUGUGAAGGUGACGAGCGCCCGUGCCUGAGAUGCAUCAAGCGUGGCCUCCAGGACCAAUGCCACGACGGCGUACGCAAGAAGGCAAAGUAUCUUCAUGACGCUCCCGCGGAGGCUCUCAUGCCUGGAUUUGCUCAGAACUACGCACUCAAUGGCUCUCAUGGUCUGUCCAACGCUCCUGGCUCGGCGACGAUCGGACCAAACGUAAUGUCAGUCUCUCAGGCAAGCACAUACUAUCCACAGACAGCGGCAAGCGGCUUCCCGCAGUACAGUGGAGCAACACAGCCGGGGCAGAUGGGCCCGCCCAUGAUGGACAACAACAGUAUGGUGCCCGAUUUCACCUCCAGCCAGACUGUGGGGACGCCCACCGGAUUUCAGUCCUCAUCGAGCCAGCAGGUGUCGCCAAACCAGGAGUUCACCAACGCGAUGGACCAGAACCUCUCGAUUGGCACCGCAGGCAGCCAAUCCCUGGAAACACCCUAUCUUGACCCCAAUGACCCCUCAUUGUUCAAUUUCAACAUCUCUGAGCUCAACUUUGGCAACCACUAUGGAGCGCUUGAAUUCGGGAUGCUCGGUCAUAUCUCCUCAGGCGCGGUCAACACCCCAGAUCUGAACCAAAUCAACCUGGGAGAUUCCAAUCAGGGUAGUAUCUCCUACGAUAGGAGCGGUAGCUUUUCCAAUUACAAUCAGUCAUACCCGUCCUGGCAAAGUGUCCCCAACCUAGGGUCGCGGCAAAGCAGCAAUGCCAACAUCUGGGCCACGCAAAACAACGGUCUAGAAGCCUACGCCAUUGGAGAGCAAGCGCCUUCGCUCACCGGCGCAAGUCCUCACUCCCAGAACCAAGAUUACCCGGGGUUGUCCUCUUCAAACGCUUCCCCGGAGACGCGAUUCGCGCAGCCGCAGCCCGAACACCAUCAACAGUCAGAGCUGCUUCGGCAGAGCUUUUCUCACCAGCCCAAGAAAGCGUCAGCUUUCCCGGGCGAUCCGCACUACGACAUGCAUCGCAAGCGACGGCGUAAUGCUUCUGAGAUCUACUCAUCCGUCACAGAACCGUAUCCCUACACGCAAGGCUUCCAUGCGCUCAUGGGAGUGUUGCGUAGGCGAUACCCCCAAGCCAAAAUGGCACGCAUUGCACAAGCGCUCGCGUCCAUUCGACCGUCAUUCAUCGCGUGCAAUCAGCACUUGAACCACGACGAUCUUGUCUUCAUGGAAAAGUGCUUUCAGCGAACUCUCUGCGAAUACGAGGACUUUAUCGGUAAUAUCGGCACGCCCACUGUCCUCUUACGGCGGACAGGGGAGAUCGCCUCUGUGUCCAAGGAGUUUUGUCUAAUAACCGGCUGGCGACGCGAUGUGCUUCUCGGCAAGGAGCCCAACUUGAACGUCAACACAAGUGGCAGCAACAUCUCGGGAACGCAGACGGGCACCAGCUCUAGGGGAGCUGCGACGCCGAGAGUCUCCGAGGCCGAGAUGGACACAGGGAGACCUCAGCCUAUCUUGCUUGCGGAGUUGAUGGACGAGGACGCGGUCGUGCAAUUCUAUGAAGACUUUGCCGAGCUUGCCUUUGGAGCGUCCAAGACAAGCAUGGCGAGUGCACCGUGCUCCCUGCUCAAGUAUCGGACCAAGGACGACCCUGGCUGGGGUGCGCAGGAUCGUUUUGCCGAUGACGGAAAACGCAUCAAGCAACAAGGUGGCGACAGUGUCAAGUCCGAACACUUGAUCAGAGGAGAGGCGGGAAUGAAUGCACUCGGCGAGCGCGACGGACGCGUGCAGUGCCAGAUGUGCUGGACCGUGAGGCGCGACGUCUUCGACAUGCCCAUGCUUAUCGUCGUGAAUGUAAGUGCAUUACCAUCACAUGUGGUGUUCGACCCGAGGCUGACGGGAGACAGUUCCUGCCGCUCAUUUAA